UAGCCUUUGUGUGACUGUCUGGCUACUCGAGCAAAAGAAUGUCGAAGUGGUGGCGCGCCGCCGCCGGCGUUCUCAAGGCAGCGGAGGGGAGAGGCUGCGGGCGGUCAUACCACACGAUCCAAGCUGUUCCUAGGGAGAUAACGGGUAAUCACGUCGCAGCACGGGAGCGAUCUCAGGGGCGCAUCCCGACCGUUGUUUCCUAUCAAAGCCACGCCGACGAUCGGAGUUCUGUUGCGGAUUCCCGAUCGGUUUCUCAGAAGCUGCUGCUUACUACAGAGCGGAAGCAGAUUAAAGCCAUUCUCAAGAAUGUUACGCUUCCGUUUUUCUUUUCCACCACUUUCCCUCUUCAGAUACGUGCCGGCUCGGGUUCUUCCACAAUACUUGAUACGAGAAAGGUUCUUCCGGUUAAGGUGCAUAGAAAUGAAGAAGGGGAUAUACUGAAUCUGGGAUUUGUAUGGGCAGAGGAUGGAACAGAGCUUGUGGUGGAUGUGCCAAUUGUUUAUAAAGGAGAAGAUGUUUGCCCUGGGCUGAAGAAAGGAGGAUACCUAAUCAAGAUAAGGACUAGUUUAAAGUACCUGUGUCCGGCUGAGCACAUUCCUACGAAAAUAGAAGUCGACGUGAGCAAUCUAGACGUCUGGGACAGGAUAUCCAUGCACGACGUUGAGGUUCACCCGAGCAUGAAGCUCCUGAGCAAGGACGAGACGAGGCCCGUUUGUAGGAUUAAGACAGCAUAUGUAGCAGAGCCUGAAGAUGCGCAGCCCACCUGAUCCACCACCGCAAGAGUUCUACAUUCCCAUUUCUGCUCAAGCAUUUUUUCCCAGUGAGAAAGAGAUCAAUUUGAGGUCAGGCGUUUGUACUGUGUGUGUUUCCGCUCAUUAGAUAAUUUUAUAUUCAGCUAGUCUUUUUAAGCAGAAGGAACGUUCUUGUAUCCUUUCUUACAUCAUAAUCACUUUCCAUGGCAGAUUUUAGUCA